AUGCCGCCGACACUCGCAUUAGAGGAGCAGUACGAAGACCUCCUCAAGCGAUUCCAGAUCAUGGACGCGGAGAGGAAGACGACGUACGAGGCAGCGCAAAACGCGAUCAGAUACAAUCAAGGUCUUAUGAAGCAACUGAAGGACGAAAAUAUUCAGAUCAGGAAUCAAAUCAAAUUGUUGAAAAAAAAUAAAAUCUUGACAGCGCCGGAGCACUUGCAAAAGAAGAUGGACGAAGUUUCGAGACUGCGCCUCCAGCUUGACCAAAUGAAAAACCACAACGUGGGACAAAGGCGGACUUUGGCCUCUCUGCAGGACAAGCUGCGAGAACUCGAGAUUGCCGCCGAACGUCCGAAUACCGAGGCAUCUCCGGAGCUGAAACAAAUUAGGGUGAUCGAAAACCGUUUGGACCAGGCGAUGAUCAAAUUGAAUGAGGCGCAGUCCAUCAGGUCAACGUACGAGCAGAUAGUCAAGCGACUCAAGGAUGAGCGUCUGGGCCUCGAUCAACACCUUGCUCAGCUUGAAAAGACACUGAAGGAGAAAGACAACGAUUACGAGGAACUCCUCGCUCUGUCGCAUGAUGCCACGCACGCAAGUGAACUUGCACAGGCUGAGUUGCACAGAGUCUCCCAGGCGAUUGAACAAGAGAGAGCCCACAGGGAACAAGAAGUGGAAGAAAAGAGAGCACUAGUGCAGGCGUGCGUGACGGCAAACCAGAAGCUCGUCGACGAAGCCCUUGCGACCAAACAGAAGGUCGAAGAAGAUCGGCUGAAGGCCAUGGCUCAGGUGAAAGAGUCGAACAUCACUGACGGGAACGACGCACCCACGCUUGACGAUUACGAGAACGUUUUUCGCCGAAUUAAGGAAGCAACAGGAGUCUCUGAUGUGAACGAAGUGAUCCAGAAGUUCCUUAUGCAAGAAGAAACAAGAGAAAAUUUGGUGUCCCUUGCCAAAGAACUGGAGGAGAUGAAGCUUUCAUCGGUUACCAAGCAGAGCAAGUGGCCCGUCGUGGAUGACUUAGAAAUCUCCGCUUGCCAGGCCAAUGCCAGACACGAGAGAGCUCGCUCCAAGUACGAAAAGAAUUGUCAGCUGCUUGUGGAGCUCCAAGCCGGCCUGGAGCAUCUUUAUGAGAAACUGAUGUCCACUACACAGACUAAUCCCCAUGUCCGUCGCCAGGCCUCAGCAACUCAGCCGACCGUAGAGUGGAUGGUCCAGGCUUCACUACAGAAACUUGACUACCUCGUGAAACGGACAACCGAUGGUUUAAAGCGGGAACAAGAGUGUCUGCAAGAAGAAAAAAAUAAUGAGCAAGCGGCGGAUCACGCUCGACAGAUCGACAGCCUUUUGUCUCCGGGAUCAGUUGAGAAAUCAGCCACUUGCGACAAGACCAACUCACCACCUGGAAACGACGAAUGUCAUCCUUCUGCCCCUCGCAUCUUCCAAAAGGCCACUGCUGCUUGCGUGGAUCCUGUUUUCGAUGACUUGCCGCCAGCCGCUUCAGGCCAAGAAGCAGCCGUUGCAAUGCAUGCUCCCAUGUACGAUUCUAAGAAGAUCGAAUCCCCUUCGGCAUCUCAGGUAGACACCACCAGCCAUGACCCAGCCCCAGCAAACGCCAUAGAAGAGCCCAGCUCCUUAGACGUGCCGUGUGCGCCCGCGGGCACCGAUCCCGAGAGGAAAGGCGGUCAGCAGACUAACGCGGCACAAACAGGAUUUGGCGAGAAGGUAGACACAGAGAGGGGCGAAAAAGACGUGCAUACAUCAAACAUUCUGGAUCAUCCCCUGACUGAGCCUCUUUUCCCUCCGGAAGACGAAGGCCAAGAGCUGCCGGGCAUAGGAACCGUCGAAAAAACUGACUCACGAGGACUUGAGGCAAAAUACGGUGACCGACGCGAGGUCGACGCAGCCACCGAAGAAAACAAAAGAGGUGACACCGGGGAAGAGAUACAGCGUGGAGAUGACAUCAUUUCGCCCCGCGAUGAAGCUUGUCUACCCGAGCACGCUGAGACCGGGACACUCAAUCCAGGAAACUCGCUCAUUCCCGAUAAAGCAUCUCCGGUUUCAAACGCUUUAGCAGUCCUCCCAUCGGGAGAAGCAGACACUACGCAGCAGCCGAACCGAGUCAGUAAAGAUGACGACCACGACACGUUUGAGCCUGGGAUGAACGAGGUAGUAAUCCCAGUCACAGAUGGUGGAGAAGAGAAGAGUUUUGAAGUGGCCCUCGACGACGUGGUUCCUGGAGAUGAGCAGAACAAAGCGGCCGAAAAGUGUAAAACCGAAUCAGAUAGUAUUCUUGGCGAGGCACUGCCCGGAGAUACAGCGCCACGACAACAAUCUCCCACUUCACCGUCAGAGAAUUGUGAAAUUUCACCUGAAGGUCCGAAUGCACCUGAGAGUAACGAACCGCUCAGUGUCGGUGUCCCUCUAGGUCCGCCGGAAUCUGAUCAAGCCAACCUCGCCGAUGGAGACGACGGCGAAUUACACGCUGGAGACAGGGCCUUCAGACAAGCAGAAUCAGUGGGAGUCGGCGCUGACAUAGUGUCUACAGCUCAAGAAAGUCCCAUACCAGAUUUGCCACCUGCCCAUACGGCGCAGCCGACGAUACCUGAAACACAGAUGAUAGAGAUGCCAGGCAGUGAUCCUCUCGCCCCUGAAACCGCCACAAACCAAGAAUCAGACGCCAGGACGAAGGAUGAACCAGCUUACGAAGGUGAUAGCUCUUCCGGAAGUUCUCAGCUGUCGCAUCCAGAAGCGACGAAAAAGGCAGGUGGUGAUGCUUGCAAGGUGGAAAGUGAGGAAACCCAAAGCGAUCGAGCUGCUGACUUGCCGAGCCGCCGCGUCUCUUCCUCAGAAGAUCCAGACACUGAGUGCCAGGACUCGUUUGAGAAAAGAGAGCUGCAGUUCGAUUUCGACACACUUACGAAUCCAGUAAACCAAAGGAAUGAAGCAGACCUUGCUUCCGACGUGUCGCACAUGACGAUCGAAGGUGGCACAGAAAACGAUGGCACUACCGGAGACACACACACCCUGGCACCUCCCAACUCCGACCAACAAGCGACGGAGACAGCCUUGAAAACUGAAGAUGAGACGACGCAGGAACAACUGUUACAGGAGAAUCGUGGAGAUCGGGAAGAGAGUUAUCCGUCACCAGCACCUCUGCACGAAGUGCCAGAGAGAGAAUCCUCAUCCAGUUUAAGAGAUACGGCUAGUCCAGUUGAUGGAGAGCAAGCCGAAGACAGCCCAGUAAUGGCCACUGCAGUGCCUCUCAGCUUUCACCGCAGCUCCGACGGAACGGAAAAAGUGGACGGUGAUAGUGAUACCUCUGGUGACAGGGAGGGAGACACAGUCAAAUCAGGAGAGCCACUCGACCAUGUCUCUUCUACAUGUGACGCAGAUCAUGUGGAACAGACGGGUCACGAACAAUCAGCUGGGCACGCUUCUGAUUUUACAAUGGCUGAAGAAACCGCCAUCAUGAAGACCCAAAGUGACAACGUCCUGGUUGCUGAAAGACAACAAUUAAACGCUACCUCGGGGUCCAUAAAUGCGUCUGCUGAAGUGGAGGGAGUUGGAGGAGAUACUGAGAAUGAUGGCAGAGAUGGCAAGGCAGAAUCCCUCGAGGAGGGUGUUCCGCGAUCAACGCCCGACGAGACGGCUAACACUGAAACGCCUGAUGGGUCAGGUGGAGGUCCGCCCGCAGGAGGCAGUCGUGAACAAAUUGUGGAAAAAAACGACACUUUAGAACUGCAUGACAGGUUGCUGGAUAACGGCGAAGCUAAUAUUUCACGGCCUAUCGAAUCAGAGCCUGCUGAUUCAGUGUCGGACUCCUCGGCUGGUACUAGUUGACUGUGUUCUGAGGAACGAGUGUGGAAGGGAAAAUGGUCCACGUAUCUCCAAAUCGAGUAACCUCAAUUGUUCAACAUCGCGAUUGUGGCAAUGUUGCACUCGGACACUGUUUCAAAUACAUGCUACCUUACCAAAAACUGACGCAUUUGUUCCAUAUCUGUGCUGGUAGCCAUCGACGCACCCCAUACAAAUCUUCGAAACGAACGCAUGCCGUACUUCCUUUCACACUAUGUAAUUGACGCUUGCUCAAUAGAUACGUGAUCAAUGGUGAAGCUUGGGAACUGGGCUCUGACUGAACAAGGUACAUGUUAUUGUUUACUACUCCCUCAUAGAGUGGAGGAAAACGUUUUGGUAUUUCCUGGAGUUACGAAACGCGCAAAUUCAAAGUCGGAACUCGAAGAAGGCCGGUUUUACAUAGAUUACUCUUGGAGUGUAACCCUGAA